AUGUGUACUUGGCAUGAACACCUCAAGAAUUGCCUUCUCUUGCAGGAACCUGCCUAUACACUGAGGCUGUGCAGCCUCCGCUUGAAGAAAUUGACUGUGCUGAGGGAACUGGACAAGGAGCUCAGCUCUGUGCUCAUUGCUGUGAAGAUCCAGGGUUCAAAGAGAGUCCUGAGAUCCAAUGAAUAUGUUCUACCCCCUGGAGGAUUGAUGGAGACUGACCUGGAACUGACAUUUUCAUUGCAGUAUCCCCACUUCCUGAAAAGAGAUGGCAACAAGCUCCAAAUCAUGCUGCAGCGCAGAAAGAGGUACAAGAACCGCACCAUUUUGGGCUACAAGACUCUGGCAGUGGGCAUCAUUAACAUGGCUGAGGUUAUGCAGCAUCCCACAGAUGGAGGGCAACUCCUGGGCUUGCACAGCAACAUCAAAGAUGUCAGCAUCCGGGUAGCCGAAAUCAGCAUCUAUUCCCUUUCCAGCCAACCCAUUGACCAUGAAGAUGGACAAGUCCCCUCUGGUCCCAAAAUCAAGGCUUCUGAUCGCUCUCCAGAUAUUGAUAACUAUUCUGAAGAAGAGGACGACAGCUUUUCUUCAGAGCAGGAAGCCAGCGACGAUGCAGUGCAAGGCCAGGAUUUAUAUGAUGAAGAAGAUGAAGUGAGAAAACCGAAGAAAGCCAGGCGGAAAAUGAUUAGAACCACAUCAAUGACCAGACAACCUAACUUCAAGCAGAAAUUUGUUGCCUUGCUGAAAAGGUUUAAAGUGACUGAUGAGGUUUUGGAUUCUGACCCAGUGGAUCAGACCCAAGAAGUGGAGGAAGACUUGGGCCUGCUUUACGAUAGCCUUGAGGAAUGCAACAACAGUGACAGUGGCCCCGAGAUAGAGGAUAAUGAAAGUGUCCACAGCACUCCCAAGCCUACCCUGAGGCGCUUCUUUGAGGGCGUCUCUCACUCUGGUUCCCAGACUGAGAUCAGUAGUCUGCACGGCCCGAAGGGGCAGGAGCAAGAGUCGGGCAGCCCUGGAGAAGCAGAGAAGCGGAAAGUGGGUGUUCCUCGUGCCCAAGAUGCGACUGCCAUGGAAACUCCAGCUAUGGAGUUGGAAGCAGAUGAAUCCUGCCCAGGAGGACCCUCUGAGACGGUCCUGAAGGAGAGCAGUGUGGACAGGCUAGCCCAGCUGAGCAACAUCAGCAAGCCGGAGUUCCCAGCUACUGUUUCCCCCAGCAAAGCUGAAAACAAGCAGCUGUGGCGACCCCGCAGUAUGUCUGUCAAGGACAGGCAGAACUCUAAAGGCCAUGGUGACCGAACUGGCAGCUUGGACAGUGAAAGCUCCCCAGACUCACGGCAAAACACCCAGGUGCCUCGGAAGUCUGUGUACGACCAGCUCAACCAAAUCCUGGUCUCCGACGAACAGCUGCCAGAGUGCAUCAUCCUGGUUAACAUCACCGAGUGGCAAGGUCAGUAUCUGUGCGAUCACCUCCAAGAAUACAAGCAGCCCAUCGUCUCCACCUGCUCCAUGGCGGAUGUCCAGGCUGCCUUCAACACAAUUGUGGCGCGCAUCCAGAGAUACUGUAACUGUAAUUCCCACAUGCCUCCCCCAGUGAAAGUGGCGGUGGCGGGGGACCAGAGCUACCUGAGCAUCGUCCUUCGCUUCUUUGUCGAACAGCUGGCCAGCAAGACGCCCGAUUGGCUCAACUACCUCCGUUUCCUCGUGGUGCCCUUGGGCUCCCACCCACUGGCCAAGUACCUUGGUUCGGUGGACAACAGGUACAGCACCUUGUUCCUGGAUGCAGCAUGGAGAGAGCUCUUUAGUAGACUUGAGCCUCCCAAUUCAGAUACGGUGGACAUUCCUGGUCGGAUUGCCCAGUACAUCACAGGCGCCAAUGUCUCCCACCAGCUGCCCAUUUCUGAGGCUAUGUUAACCUACAAGCAGAAAAGGAAAAGAAGCCUCUAUUUUGAUUUUUACAUCAGUCCAGAUGAGGAUUCCUGCCAGAAAUUUGUACCGUUUGUUGGGGUGGUGAAGGUGGGACUUGUGGAGCAGUCCUUCAACACGUCAGUUGAUUCUGACGAUGCUACCAUCUGCACCACCUCACUACUGAGCUCAUCAUCCCCAUCUGGUGGAGGGGUUCCUUACACCAAGGAGGCAGUGGGUACCCCUCCGCCUUCUCCAUCCGUCAGCAGUGGGCUGUCUGGAGCCGGCAAUUUGAGUCCUGGUGUGGAGGUGAUGGGUCUACAGGUGGAUUACUGGACAGCUCAGGGUCCAGAGAAGAGGAAAGAAGCUGAGAAACGGGAAACUGGCAUCAAGAAUACCCUGAAAAGCAAUUUCCGCUCCCUGCAGGUCAGCCGUAUUCCCGGCCCUGGCGAGCUGAUCCCGGCCAGCACCAUGGCCAUGACGGUUGUCACCAAGGAGAAGAACAAGAAAGUGAUGUUCUUGAGUAAGAAGCCAAAAGAGAAGGACUUGGAGCCCAAGAGCCAAGUGAUUGAGGGAAUCACACGCCUGAUCUGCACAGCAAAGCACCAGAACACCAUGCUGCGCGUUUGUAUCGAUGGUGUGGAGUGGAACGAUGUGAAAUUUUUCCAGCUGGCUGCACAGUGGCCGACACACGUCAAGCAUUUCCCGAUCGGCAUCUUUGGCUACACAAAAAGCGUGUGAUCCAAACCAGGCAGCAGCCUGGAAGGACCCAGGGUCUCUGCCAGAUGGCACAGAGAGGGACUAUCCAGCUCCUUCACUUUAGAAGACUGAUUGACUGCCUGGUGCAGGAGCUCAAGUCCGGUCGUGACCCUGCUUGCUCCGUUUGUUCUGUGCAGGGAGCAUCCUGGUUUGCUUUACGUCUCACCCAUGAAUUUUUUAGUUUUAACGUGAACGUGGAUCCUAGGAAAUGGAAGGAAGAUGCACACACACAGACACGGCUUCUUAACCUGAACUCUCGAGAAUAGAACAGCAGGCCAGUCUUCUCCAUUCAGGUGGGGUCGGGAAUGAAAGAAGCUGAGGGGAUUUGCGUAGCUCUCUCUGACUGGCAUGUGUCUCAGGGCAGCCAGUCCUUGGUUCCCUUCCAUGCCUUGCCUUGCCUUGCCUGGCUGGCUUGGGCAAGAAAGAGGAAGGCCGGUUCGGUUCCCUUGGCUGUCUUGUACAUCCUCCAGCAGGAAAACGGAAGAGGUGUGUUGACGCCUUUCUCCUAGGGAUGCUUAGUCAAGCUCACCCAGUAGUGCUCUGGGCAAGCUGGACCUCUGCCCACAAGUGCCACUCCACAGUCCUGCGUCUCUCAGAACCAACCUGAGGUCAACUGGGAUCUUGUCUUUUAACGUGAAGCAGCUUUUCCCCCGCCCCUCCCCUGUCUCUCUUAUCCAGAUCCUCCCAGCGAGGCUGGCACUGCGCAGCGUCUCCUGCCCUUUGCUAAUAGAUUCAGGCCAGAGUACAGAACGCUGAGAAUUAGAGCUCGCAGGUUGCUUUGGGCAGUUCACCCCCUGCUUUACAAUGUUCCUGAGAAAAGAUACUGGAGUCGUUGCCUCUUCCCCUUCGCCGGCAGUGGUUAUGAGAGAGGGAAGGCAGCACUUGCGUGUCUGGUUUGGCACCUGCAGGCUAGGCAGCUCUUGCAAGGGCGAAAGCAAAGAAGGGCUGGGCCUUUGCACGGUCGGCGGGUUUCUUGAGGGAAAGGCAGAGAAGCUCGAGCCAAGUGCCCUUCCAACAGGAAGAAAAAGCCCUUACUAAGCAGCCAAGGUGGGAGGAGGCAAGGGCCUUCCCUGCUAACCGAUCUGUUUGAAAAAGGGAUCUUGAGGAAUAGGGAGGCCUCUUCCCAACAGAUGCACGCAAAUGUGGCCUGCUUGCUAGGUGGUUGCUAAGGGGAGAUUGUGUUCAUGCAGGUGCUGGGGUAGGUUGGAUCCCUGCUGUCUUUUUCCUGGCAUGAGGUAAAGGUACCAGUGAUUACACCAGUUUAUGAGUUAGUACACUCCAUUUGCAACCAGUAUAAAUGACACGCCCAUCCCUUAUUUAUACCCAUAGGUGGGUAUAAAUGACCCAUCCACCUGUUCCUUCUCCCUCAAACCGGCAUGGUCCUUGAAUUGCAAGUCAGGCCAUGUUCUAACUACUUUGCUCUAGACUGAUGAGCUUCUUGUGCUCUGACAGUGCUGGGAAAUGUUGAGACUAGAAAUGGGCACAACUUAAGUCCCUCUUUGUAUGAAUUGUAACAGGCAGCACCACCUUCCCCACCUCCUCCGUCAGCCGGCCAUUCUAACAAGGAGGUGGGAUGGGAAUUCUCCCUGCUCAACCAUUCAGUGGUCGGCUGCUGGAGGAGGCAGGGAAGGUCAUGGCCAGACUAGCCCAGCACCAGUGAAGGAGGACCCCGGUGGUGCGUGGCAUGUGAGUAGGCCAGCUAAACUAGAGGGCGGGGAGAGGAAAUGUGUGGCAGCUGUGGAAAGAGAUAUGGCUUAAGUCGUGCCCAUCUCUAGUUGAGACCUAGUGGUAUGCAGGAUGAGAAUAAUAAAUGAGCAGAAAGGAAUCCACUCCACCCCUUACUUUGAUUUUUCCCCCCUGAAAGUACCUACGUUGAGCAAGGGAAGCAAAACAAGAGAGCCAGAAAUUGCAGUGAGGUAAACGAACCUUUCUGUGGCAGCUACUGGGGUCUCCUUGCCUUCCCUGACUGGAUGCGCAGUUUUUCUCCCUGCCCCACCAGCCCUCUUCCUUUCUCUUCAGCCCAGACCACGUUGGCUUCAUGGAUGGGCCUCGGCCUUCCUGGAGCCUGUGGCCCUAGAACUGCCAAACCAACCUCCCCUGCCUUGAAAGUGCACCCUGCCGAACUCAAGAGACCUAAACUGUGGUAUUGCGCCUGCCCAGCGGGUGCAGCUGCUCAUGGUUAGGACAGCAGGGAGGGUGGGUUAACCCCAUUUUUUACAAGAUUCUAUUUUUGUUAAACUUAAUGUAAGGUUGCUUUCUGUAUUAAUUUUAAUAAAUUAAUGGUGGUACCAUUGUGA